AUGGGGUGCGGACAGAGCAAAAUCAACCUCUACCCGCGGCGCAACAAGAAUGGCGGCAAGGGGAGUAGCGCAAAGAAGUCGGGCGCAGCGGAUAAAGAGACGGACGAAGAAGAGGGCAGCGCGGGGGGAGCAGCGACUCCCGACGAGACGGGGGAUGAGCUGGAGCGCAGCAAACAUAUCUUGCCCCUUUCGGCGCAUCCACAAACGAUUGAGGUGUCUGCCAGUCAACAAGAUUUCUUCAAAAUGUUGGACGAGAAAAUCGAGAAGGGCAAGGACUACGACUCUUCCAGCGAAACCGAAGUGCGCUUAGAGCAGGAGCGGCGGCGUAUGUUGAUAGAGAAGUGGCGUUCCGCGUCCCAAUCGACGCAGACCUCGCAAACGCACAGCAGCCCCCCUACGCCUGCACGCAGACGUGUUCCAAGGCCGAUGCCUCAGCCACCCGAACGCCAGAACAGCCCUGGAGCGGUCAGAAGAUGCUACAGACAACAGCACGUGCCCGAGGGAAUGUCACCGCCGCCGAGAAGAGCCCACAGCGCCCAGUCCCACCAUCCGCCGGAGCCCCGACCGGUCAACGGCGACAACUGGCACGACCCGUCCAGAUCACCGGUCAAAAGGCCGCAGAGCGCCGGCGCCAACUGGAAGGGCAACCCAAAGGUUGCACCCUACAAUCAGAAAACCAAAAAGACUGAAACGAACGAACACCAAAGAGCUAGCCAAAAGGAAACCGAAUGUUGUAGUGAUAUCAGCCCAGAUACUUCGCAAAUAACUUACAACCCAACAUUCCAGAGCCACAGCCCCGCGCACUCCGCCAAAGGACAGCAACCGUACAUCGCGCAAAUAAUAAGCUACCCCAAAUCGCAGCAAGUGACUCCUCCCUCGCCGCCAAAGUAUAUUGCGCCGCCGGAGGAAUACCAAGACCCACAAAACAAUACUGUUGACAAUAAAUACAAUAACGUGCCAAAGACAGUGCCGACGACGCAGCCGGGCAACCAGUCCAACAUAUACUACAUCCACGGCAACACGACGAGCGGUUUCUCGCAGGACUUGGCGCAACAGAGGCAGCAGACGGCGAUACAUUUGCAGCAGUACGUCGCUAUGAAGCAGGCGCAGCAACAGAUGUACACGUACUUCCAGCGGGGGCCCCACACCAUCUUCCCGAACGUCGAUUACUCGCAGACGCCGCGCGUUUACGAAGGCGAGGAGUUUGCGGGGCAGUACGGGCACCCGGCCAUGAGGCCGCACAGCGCGCCGACCCCCGUGGGCGUGGUCAGGCCGAUGCAGGUGCCACCCAACUUCAAACCAAUGCCGGACGGCACGCACAUGGUGCAAAUGCCCAUGUGGACGCACAUGCCGCCGGUGGUGGCCAACAUGAGCCCCUGGAUCCCGGGGCAGGUCCCGCCCGAAAUGCAGUACUACCCGCAGUCGCAGUUCUUCCCGAUGUACCGGCCCCACUCGGCGGGCUCGGCGGGGACGCUCACUAGAUACCACAAGAGGGAGGCGGGCGAUGCCGACGCUAAGAAUGUCUGCCAGAGUAUCAACCUCGUGAGGCAGAAGCAGAUCGGCCAGAUAGUGUCUAUACCGGGCCAGGAGCUGACUGUAUGCAAUAAUAGCCCUAGCCGCGAG